AUGGCACUGCUGGGAGUCGCGUGUCGCUUUCUCCGGUUCUCCAGGUGUGGUGGCCAGGUGAGCCUGUGUGUCAGAGCGCCCCUCAGAUGGCAGUCUACCGCCACCGCGGCCGCCUUCGCCAGCCCUCCCACUCCUGAAGCCCAGGAGAACAGGAAGCCCAAGACUGGAAUACUCAUGCUGAACAUGGGAGGACCAGAGAAACUCGAAGACGUGCACGACUUCUUGUUACGGCUUUUCAUGGACACAGAUCUGAUGCAGUUUCCUGUUCAAAAUAAACUGGGCCCCUUCAUAGCCAAGCGCCGCACCCCGAAGAUCCAGGAGCAGUACAGUAAGAUAGGGGGAGGGUCUCCCAUCAAAGCGUGGACCACCAUGCAGGGGGAGGGCAUGGUUAAACUACUGGAUGAGAUGUGUCCGGAGACUGCGCCACACAAGUUCUACAUCGGCUUCCGCUACGUGAACCCGCUGACCGAGGAGGCUAUUGAGGAGAUGGAGAAGGAUGGAGUGGAGAGAGCUGUAGCUUUUACCCAGUAUCCUCAGUAUAGCUGCUCCACCACAGGCAGCAGCCUCAAUGCCAUCUACAGAUACUACAGCAACAGAGCCACUAGGCCCAAGAUGCGCUGGAGUGUGAUUGACAGGUGGCCAACCCACCCUCUGCUCAUUGAGUGUUUUGCUGAGCAUGUGCGUAAUGAGUUGGAUAAGUUCCCUGCUGAGAAAAGGGAUGACGUGGUCAUUCUGUUCUCCGCUCACUCGCUGCCCAUGUCCGUGGUGAACAGGGGAGACCCGUACCCUCAGGAGGUCGGUGCUACAGUGCAGAGGGUGAUGGAGAGGCUAGGCCACUGCAACCCUUACCGCCUUGUCUGGCAGUCAAAGGUGGGCCCGAUGGCUUGGCUAGGGCCUCAGACUGAUGAGGUGAUUAAGGGUUUGUGUCAGAGAGGAAAGAAGAACCUGCUGUUGGUCCCCAUCGCCUUCACCAGUGACCACAUCGAGACCCUGCAUGAGCUCGACAUUGAGUACUCCCAGAUCCUCGGAGAAGAGUGUGGGGUUGAAAACAUCAGAAGAUCAGAGUCUCUCAAUGGAAAUCCACUGUUUUUCAAGGCAUUAGCUGAUUUAGUUCGAAGCCACCUGAAGUCCAAUGAACCGUGCUCUCGGCAGCUCACCCUGCGAUGUCCUCUAUGUGUGAACCCCACCUGCGGGCAGACCAAGGCCUUCUUCGCCAGCCAAAAACUCUGACCUUUCACUCUCUCGCCACUGACCCCUCAUAGCGAAGAGGAACACCUAGUGCUUAACCUUGCUUAAUUUAAAACUUAAAAAAAAAAACCCUGGAGCUCCGAACAGAACAAAAAUCCCAUUUCUCGCGUUAACUGGCACAGCUCUGCAGAGCGGGGAGUCCCCAUUGGCCGCUGCCGUGCCAUCAUAUUGCUUAAACCGGUCAUCGUCAGUGAGCUGUGAAAAAGGAGCUUCCGAGGGACAGCUGGAUUGGAUGGACGUGUAUAUGGCCUUUCAGGACCUGCAGUUGAGUACAGCGAGAUUUGUGUUUUCUGCUGACAUUCCUCCAAGUAUUUGCGCGUGCCUCUCCCCGACAGGUUCUCUACAAGGAAGCCAAAAUGAUGUCUAUCCUAGAAUUAGAACUCGCUCUGUCCCUCUCUCCUACUCCGAAUCCCUCCCUCCCUCGCUGUUGUUUCCAGCAGAUCUAGCAGUUGAGAAAUGACUGAAGAUGCUCUGAACAGGUGGACUGAGAGAAAAGUAGCCAGCCGCAACAAAGCCACCACUUUGACGCUGUCCAAACAGUCAAUGCAUUAAAGCUACAGCGUAGAGGUCAGAUAAUGGUCAAUAACAAGGCUAAACUUGGGGGUGUUCCUGUAUAUUAUGCUGCCCCUUCUUAUCACCUGUUAGUGAUAAUGAUCAGUAAAAAAAAUCCCACCACAUUUUUAAAAAAUGUAAGUAAAUAAAUAUCACCACUUUAACGCUGUGCCGUUUUGGAAUCGGUCCAAACUGCUGCACAUGCUUCUGUGAAAUGGGGUUAAAUACCUCUGCCCACCUGUUAGCAAGAGAAGGCCACUUAAAGGGAAUUUGACCAGUUUGUUUAAAAACUCUGCCUAAUUCAGUCACUGAGAUUGGUUUGUUGGUUUGCUAGCUGCGUUUCUGUUGACUUGCUUUGCAAAUGGCAAGCACUAAAAUGAAAAAGCGCUAAAAACAUUGAAUUCUUGCUGUCCAGCACCUCCUUUAAAUCAAGCUGACGUUUUAUUUUAUUAUUUAUUUUUCAAACUGGACCCUUAUGUGAGAGAGCUUGUUACUCCCUCCGUUUAGAAAGGCUGUAGUCUUUUCUGCUCGUCUCUCUCUCUACGAGCUGAAAUGUCAGCAUUCCUUUUAAAACCACACUCGUCUCCUCCUCAGUGCAGCUCUACCUCUCCACCACACUGUAUCUGCUGUAAGAGGUGCCUGAGGAAAAUGUCACGUGAUCCUAAUUUAUGCAAAAAAUGCAUAAUCUGCCCCCCAAAAAUGUUUCUAGUGUUUUUUUUCCAAAAAAAAAAAAGCAAACAACCAACUUCUUUGCAAAAAUGCAACAUAAAAAAAGUUGAGAUUCAUAAAACAUUACCAACCAUUUCCAUUUCCGCAGCCCACAUCCACAAACUUUUUGAUGUAUUAGAUCCUUUGGAUGGAAGCUUGGCCUUGGCUGAGAAACCUUCCUGUCGCAGAUUUCUUUACGGUGGUGGUGAUGGGGAUCAAGCGUUUUGAUGUUUGCAACACACAUAUAGCCAUUUUAUUUACUGUCCAAUUUAUUUAUUCAUUCAUUUAGUUAUUUAUUUAUUAUUUAACGUCCGAACUUUCUGUGAGGGAGCUUUUAGAGGUGGACGUCUGGUUCCAAUAACCACCUCUGUGAACAAGCCUGACUCUGUAAGUUUCACUAGAACAGAGCAUUUCACACCAAACCUGAAAGACUUUAUUUACAUCUUAACCGUUAAAUUAUGCAUUAUUGUUUGUAAGAAAUUCCCCUUUAAAAAGUGCUGUCCAUCUAUACAGGCUGAAGGCUGUAGCUCAGCAAAGCCAUCCGCUUUGAAUGCACUUCACUCGUUUCUCAACUUCUCCUUUUCCCUCGUAACCCCCCACGUCACCCCCACCCCUCACGACUAUUAUGCAUUUUGGCCUGCGCUGAUCAGUUUCUCACGACUACCUGAGCGACUUUACAGACUUCGAGGAGAAGAUCGCCUCUCUGACUCCUGCUGCUCCUGCUCGCACAACAGCGUUUGCUGAGCACCUCCACCCCGACUGACUAAACGCAACAGCGCCACCUUGAGGCUGGUAACGCACAGCCAACUCAUCGUCACGUGCCUUUUCUCUGGCUCCUGGAGGACUCCAUGGAUAAACUUAGCUGAUUAAGUGCUUUAAGUUGUAUUAACAACAAACGCAAUACCAGGUUUUUGAUUUAUUUAUAUGAAUUGAAUGUGGUAUGUAUUCUUUCUUCUUUUAAUUGUUGUUUUAGAACUGCUGUAUGUGUGAGGUUUGGCUGACACCACUAACAACAAACAAACAAGCAAGAUAAGUUAUUUAUUUAUUUAAAGCAGUCUGUGAGAGUUGAUGAGCGCGUCAAUUGUUGCGUAUUUCUUUGUGGUUCUAUUUCAGUCUUCCGCCGUCGGCCAAUAAAGUAGGAACAUCCAGUGUAGCAGA